AUGUCUCUCUCCAACAUUCCUUUACCACCGAGGGAGAAGAAUCCAGCGAGUACGAUACAAGAACCACGAGAUAGCCUUGAAGAUUCCUUUUUCUUGCGAUCCAAGGAAACAGAGAAAAAGAGCCCGACGAGUAUGAGCCAAAAAACACUGAAGCCGUUUGUUUGUUUCUCCGAUAACACAGAUGAAGAAGUCUUGAAGCGAUAUGAAUCCUACUUGGAUAACCCAAAUGACUACGAAGGUGAUAACAUCCUUAUCAACAACACUACAAACAUGUUGAGUCCUUCUGGUGCCUUGCUCGAAGGGAACAUUGGUUCACAACAAGAUCCUAACCCGACGCAGAUGAAGCCUACCUCAAGAGAUGUCAAGAACAACAGUAACCAGUCUUACUUGAUUGUCGAAGGUUCCAACGUUAUUUCUGAUGGGCCUGAGAUGAUGCCUAGCAUCUCCAUAGAUGGUAUAGAUUUACCUGCAUUUUUCGCAGACUCUACCGAAGAAGAUCCACAGCUUCCUUACGAUAACCUUGAGGAUUUAGGAAUUCUAGGUGAAGGAUCUGGCAUAGACACUACUUGCCUUUUCAAAAACAAAAGUAACAUUGCUUUUGGUUCGUUUGGAAGCAUUGAAUCCAUGAUGAACGCAAAAAGAGAGAGAGAAAAGAUUGUGAUGAUCCCUACACCUACUGUCAACGACGCACCUCAAAUGAUCCCUGCACCUACUGUCAACGACGCACCUGAAACGAUCCCUGCACCUACUGUCAACGACGCACCUCAAUGGACCAUCAGGAGGAAACUGAUUAAGAACGAUAUUAACCCUUAUAACAACAGCCUUAUUCUGCAAGAAAGCUCCGUUGAUGAGCACAUUCGAAGACAUAUGCCUGUAGCAUAA